UCCUGGAUUUCUUGUUCAGUGCAGGUGUGGGUGCAGGUUCAAUAUUUCUGUUUUACAGUUCCUCUGCUUCAAGAAAUCUGUUAAUAUGGCACAAUUUGGACAGCGGUUACUUAUAUUGAGUCUGUGCUUGCUGGCUGCUGUGAUCAACACUGAACAAAGGUAUCUAGAAAAUGAUCAGAGUUAUGAGGUAUGCCUGAAGUACAUGGAGCUUGGCAUUGUACUGGACUCGCCGGGGGUUUUUAACAUGGUGAUGCAGGAGUUUGGAUUGGGCAUGCAGGACGAAGAAAUUAUUUGGCUGAAGAAUAUGUUUCAACGUUCAGAUCUAAAUCGUGACAGACACCUUAGCCUUCAUGAGUGUGCAAAGACACCUGCACUCGAUCACUUUCUAUACAUUGCACUUCUGACUCUGUCUCUGUUCUGCUUUACAUUACCAGGUUCUCCAUCCCAGUCUAGCUGUCUUGAGCUUUUUGAAAUAUCUCUGACAAUGGCAAGAUCUAGCCAGUUGGUGGCAGUAUUGGGCCUGUUUUUGCUGGUUGCUUUGGUGAAUUGUGACGGACCACCACCACUUGGAAAUGAGAUUUGCAAUCACUACACUCAGUCUGGAGCUUCUGAUCUGGACAUGCCAAUGAUCUUUGACAUGGUCAUGAUUGAGUUUGGAAGGCAAAUCCAGACACUGAACCCCAUGCAGGUUGAGCAGUGGGUGCGUGAUGUUGAUGGAGAUCAUGACAGACGCCUUAACCAGGCAGAGUGUUCCCAACUCAUUCAGAACAUCCUCAGCACCCUCACAAUGCCAUAAACAUAUACACAAAAACUGUUAUUUUUAACUACUAUAUACAUGUCAGUAGCUUAAGCUUAUGUAAUCUGUGAUGUAGCACCUAGCACUUCUACGCAAAUGAAUUCUUUGAUCGCUUAAGAAAUUACUUAAACAUGCAUUGAAUCAGAAAUAAAUUCUGUUGAAAAACA